AUGGCGAUGUUAGCAUCACCAUAUGUAAAACUCUCACUCCCAUUCCCACUUUCCUCUUCCAAGCCCAAUCCCCGCAGGCUCUUCAUUCUCCGAGCCACCGAACCUGAAACCCCACCCUCGGCUUCGGACCCCUCCGAGCCCGAACCGGACGCCUCCGACGACGACUUCGACAGCAGAAUCAGCCAGCUCCGCCUCCGGUACCGCAGCGGCACGGGCAAGAAGGCAGAGCUCCGAAAGAACCGAAAGUCGAAGAAAGGAAGCUCCGGAUCCGGGUCCGGGUCGGGUGUUUUCCUGCCGCCGGUGGCGCUGAAGGAGCCGGUUUCCGGUGGCGUGAAAGUGGAACUAGGGUUCAGCCAGUACAGCGAACGGUUGAACGGUCGCAUUGCGAUUCUCGGCCUGGCGGCACUGGUGCUGGUGGAGCUGGCGACGGGGAAGGGCGUUAUCAACUACCACACGCCAGCGAUUAUUCUGAUUCAGGUCUAUUUUGUGGCUGCGGUUGGUGCUAUCUUUGUUAAGUAUGAGAAGGAGAAGAUCAGCAUUUGGCCUCAAACUAAUUCUUCCACUAACAAGUGA